AUGGAUUACUUUACUAAUAUUACAUAUUUAUCUUUGGAAGGGCAUGUGGAGUUGGAGAAAUAUAGAUAUGUUUACUUUCUAAUUACUCUGAUUGUUUACAUACUGAUCAUUUUUUGCAAUGCUGUUGUCAUUUCUGUCAUUUACACAAGCAAACGUCUCCAUGAGCCGAUGUACAUAUUUAUCGCUGCUUUACUUUGCAAUGCUCUCUUUGGAACAGCUGCCUUUUAUCCUAAAUUACUGAGUGAUUUUCUAUCUGAAACACCAGUUAUCUCUCGUGAAGCUUGUAUGAUUCAGGCCUUUUGCAUUUAUACAUAUGGAGUUUCAGAGUUUGCACUGUUAUCAGCUAUGGCCUAUGACAGAUAUGUGUCCAUAUGUAAACCAUUACAGUACGCAACUCUUGUAAAAAUGUCCACUGUUAAAAAGGCCUUAUUUUUCUGUUGGUUUGUGCCUUCCUGUGAAAUGGGCAUAUCAAUAAUACUAACAUACCGACAGCUGUGUAAAUUUAAAUUAAAUAGAAUAUACUGUAGUAAUUACACAAUUGCUAAAUUAAGUUGUGGAGACAUAACUGUUAUAAAUUCAUAUGGAUUGUUUCUAUUAAGCAUUGGUGUUUUUCCACCAGUGACCUUUAUAAUCUACUCAUAUGUUAGAAUUCUUGAUGUCUGUUUAAAGAACUCAAAAGAGUUCAGAAGAAAAGCUCUACAGACCUGCUUCCCACACCUUUUCAUUUUCAUCAGUUUCUCUGUUACUGCAUGUUUUGAAGUGAUUAACAGCAGAUUAGACGGAAAUGUACCUCAUUUUUUUUCCUUGUUAAUGUCAGUUGAAAAUGCGGUCAUUCCUCCUCUACUCAAUCCUAUUAUAUAUGGACUGAAACUGCAGGAGAUAUCGAAUAGGAUUAAGGGAAUGAUUUUGAAAUUGAAUACUUUUUUUAGAUUGAAAUUCUGAACUUUUUUACUGUGUAUAUUAUAAGAGCUUCCCUGCCUUUUUUCUCACUAUACAUUUCUACUGUGCCAAACAGUGAACACUUUUGUUUGUAGCCUGUAUAUAAGCACAAAUACUUAUUUCAUGAAAGUCUGGGACUCAAAGCAUUCUUUUCCUUAUUCAAAUGAUAUCACCAUCUUUGGUAUUGGCAUUUUUUAUGGUUUUUUUUUUUAUUUAUUUGUUUGCUUUUUUUCAGUUCAAA